AUGGCGGACGAAUCUCUUCGAGUUGUCGAGUUUUACAGUGGAAUCGGUGGAAUGCACUUUGCUUUGAAAGGUAACACAUUUCAGAGAAAGCGGUAAUGUUAAAAAGACUAUUGAAUCUGUUCUCACCAUCAAUUAAGGUGAUUUCGAAACUCUCACCUUUCAUGUCGUCUUCUAAGAAAAUUGAUCAAAACAGAAUCGUCACUUCUCUUUUUGUUGGCUCAGAUGAACAUGCUGUGGCAAAAAUGGUUCUUACAUUUGCAGGCACAGUAGUUUUCAUCUCGCAUCACACUGCCAGUCAGUCAGGUCCUCUGUCUUCCUCCAAUGGUUGACGAAAUGAAAGCGUUCACAACAUCUUGAUCAAACGUUAACUUGACAACUGCAGAAGUGUUUAGAGAUUGAGAAGAAGGAAGAAGAAACUCAAGAUUUAUACUUGUGUGUAUUAAAAUGAAUGAAUCUCAAGCAAGAAUCAUCAGAUGUUGACAAGAUAUUUUUUAAGUGUCCAAUUGUAAUCAUGACCAGUUUUAAUUCACCAAAUCGCGAUUGUUUGAUGCUUAAAGUAUAAAAUAAAUUACAAAAUCUACACUCAAGUAAAUCUGGUGACGUUCAGGCAUAGGACACUAGGAAAAAAUUUCGUGGAAAUUGUUCAGAGAAUUUUCUCUCAAACCACUUGGAAUAUCUGAUAAGCUUCUUUUGCUUCCUUUCUCUGUUUACAUCUCUUUGAGAUGUGACUUUCAGACCAGGGUUUUUGUGCUGUUGCCUUUUAUUUGUAAUUACAAUUUUUUCUACAGGUGAGCUAAAAUACACUAAGUGACUGCUACAUGUGCUACAUGUUGUUCUAUCUCCACUCUAAUACAACUUUAAUGUUCCUUUUUUCAUGCCUACAGGAUGUGGGUUUGCUGGUGAAGUAAAUGCAGCCUUAGAGAUCAACACCACAGCAAAUCAGGUGUACCAAUUAAACUUUGCUGACACAAAACUGCUGCAAAAGAAUAUAGAGGUUAGUGUGUAUGAUUUUAUAACAAGUGGUAAAAUGUUCUGUAUGCCUGGAAAGUGCCAGAGGAAGUAGACAGAAAUUUCAGCCAAUCAAUGUUUUAGAUAUAUUUUUGCAAUGAAUCUCAAGAAGUAACCUGUAGAGUGAUACAUUUCCAGUAUUGCAGGAUUGGUACAUUGAUCUCAAGGUGCAUUAGCAUCGGAAAAUCAAAUGAGUUAGAUAGGAGGAAUGAAGAUGCUUUAUUUCAGAUAUCUGAAACUCUAACUGAUCGGUUUCUUAUGGUUAGGCUUUGUUUGUUUCCAAAGGAGAAAAAUCAAUCUUUAGAGAUCAAAUAUCCAAGACAGUGGAUUUGAGUUUAAGAUCUUUGAAAUGCCAGGCUUAUGCAGUACAGCUUACAUGUACUGCAGUACCCUCAGGUGCAUCAAGUGCUUGUAAUGCUGCGGUACAUGCAAGCAGUACUGUAUAUCCAAAUUAGUGAUGUGUACUCCACUCAGAUUUUAGAUACUCAGAAAAGAAUAGGCCUGCAGUGUGUACAAAAGCAAUAGAUUGCUUUAAUUCAUAAUUUUUAGUAAGUUUUUAAAUUGCUGGGGUGAUUAGAUUAAUGAAGUUCCUCAUUUUAUAUCUGACUUUUCCUGAUUAUCUGAUGUCUUAAAGAGUUAUAGCUGUUUAAAGAUGAUGAUAAACUUGUCUUGAAAAUACCACAUGUAGGUGUCUUCAUUUCCUUCUUCAAAAGAUAAAGGAGAAUGGAAAAUUAUCUGUAAGGUGGUAAUCUUAAUUUAUAGGUCAAACAUGAGGGAUUUGCAGUUGAAUGUGUACUUUGGAAACUAAGUUCAGGAAUUUUCUCUCCACAAUUACAUUGUAAUUGAUCUAUGUACCUCACAGAAGAACAGUAGAUUUUGUGUAUCGUUAAUUUUUUUUAAGGGCAUUACAGUCAAGGAGCUGGAUCGUUUAUCUGCUGAUGUUUUCCUGAUGUCACCCCCUUGUCAGCCAUUUACAAGGUAUGUGUACUGUACAUUAAUGCAAAGGUACCAUACAUGGACAUACAAGAGAAUCCAGAGUUUCAACCAUAUAAUCCUAAAAAUUGGCACUCAAAAUGCCAAACUGUUUAGAUAUGGGAUGUGUUAAUUUUCAGUUUUUAUUAGCAGCAAGGGUUUAACAUUGGUAUAUAUGCAGUUCUUUUUGUUAUAAAUUUGUGGUUUCUUUUCAUGUUACACAACUUGAUCUUUUCUGGUAGAUUAGGGAUUAGGGGGAUCUGAUACACAAUGUAUUUUAUUUCUGAAAUAUUCAUGAGGUACUUUCUUAACUUGUAGGGUUGGUCUUCAAGGUGCAUCCAGUGAUCCAAGAUCAAGAAGUUUUCUUCACAUUCUUGAACUCCUACCUCAGUAAGUUCAUAUAGUUGUUAUGUGUAUGCUUAAUAAGAUUAUUUGAUUUAAAAUCAGUGACACAAAAUUGCCAAAAGAAAUUUGUUGGUGUGAUAUAGGUCAUUACGCAGAGCUAUUCUCCAAAAUUGUUAGUGCCUGCAUGUUCAGUGUAGCCUGGCUACUGUGUAACUAUUUUUUUUUUCAAUGAUAGACUAUCAAAAGUGCCAGACUACAUCCUAAUGGAAAAUGUAAAAGGAUUUGAAACUUCAGAUACAAGGUAAUUACUCGGUAAUUUUGAAUGCCUUUUUCCUUUGAGCUAAUGAAUGAUCAAAUUAAGUUAUAUGUCUAUGGUGUUAACAUGUAUAUGAGAGAAAAUUUUAAAAAAUGAAAAAUUUAAAUCGAGAUGUGCCAUUUAUCAGCUUUCUUAGACUAGAGCAAAUAAAAGAUGACUCUAAAAUUAAUGAUAAUUACCAGUAUACUUUAAGCACUAGUACUAAUGAUACCUAAUAAUUAUAAUAACAUUAAUUGACAAUGGGGCUUUGCAGGGCCAAUACAAACAAAUUGACAUAAACGUUGUAAAUAAACAUGAUGAUAAUGUUUUAAACAUCCCAACUGACCAGUUGGCUGUAUACAAAGUACAGCCAAAGGAGUUGAAUUUGUAGCAACCAAGAACAAGUCCAGUGAGUAGCAGGAUGGAGGGCUUGAACACCAAAUUACAAGACCAGUGCCCUAACCACUCAGUUACACUUCUUCCCCUACAUGUAUGGCAGCAUUGUGGUUUAUUUUGUUUGAUAUGGUUGUUUAUCGUGGUAUACUAUUUUUUUUUUCUUCAGGGAGUAUUUUCUUGAAACACUAAACACUUGUGGUUAUAAUUAUCAGGUACAUACAGGCAUUUUUAUUUUGUAUAAUGGUAAAUUAACUAGAGUAUUAAUACAACUACAAUCAUAAAUUUUGGCAAACCUAUUUUGAAACAAAAAUAAGUUCCUAGUCCUGCUAGGUCUCAAAUUAACAGAAGAAACAUCUUAAAGUUUAAAGUAAAAAGAAAAGGGCAUAUGAAAUAGAUAGUGGGCUUAAAGGAAGCCUGUUCAACUCACUUAUGGUUUUUUCUCUGUUGUCUUUUAGUAAGUAAGUGGGCUAUAAUAGGUCAAUUUAGCAGCCCAUAUGUCACUGUACAGCAAGCUAAAUGCAAAGUUUUUUCAAAGUCAAAUAUUUGCCCUGUAUUUGAGCUCAGAAGUAUGCAUAUAAUAAAUACUUACUAACUUCAUUUUGCCAGUCCAAAAUAUAAUUUACAGAACCUCUUUUCUUUCUCUUGUAUUCCUAUCACUUGUCUGAUUUAUAUUGUAUCGAUAUUGUGAGGAGAAAUUCUGUCUUGGUCACUCAUGGAAGUUAAAGGAUUCACUAAAGUUAAGUCCACUACUUAUGUAGAUUAUUUGUCAUAGGCUGAAUCAUUUGGUAAACAAUUCUAAUAUUUGAGCACACUCAGGUAACAUACAAUUAUCAUUUCAACCAACAUAUCAUCCUUUUUUUUCCCAUAGGAGUUCUUACUGUCUCCAGUUCAGGUAGUGUAUACAUUGUUUUAUGCCAAAAGAAUGAAUAAUGUCUUUGGAAAUUGGCUACUUUUGUCACGUGGUACAAAAUCACUGCUGGGAAGUUAUCACUUAAUAACCACCAUUUAGGUCGAUAUUUGUCCUCUGAUUAUUUCUGACGAAAAGAAGAAAGCCAGUUCAAGAGUUUUACAUUUUCAUCUUUAUUACUUUACAUAGCAAAAAAACCAACUUGUUUUGGUAGUGACAUUAAAAAGCUGAUCUCACAUGCUACAAGGGAAGUACAAAAAAUUUUAUAAAAUUUUGCUUUCAAUGUGCAAUACAAAAAAUGAUGGCAGGGUUAAAAGAUAAAUAUAACCCCUCCUGGCCUGCUGUUAUGUCGGCUGAUAAGGUUGUUUGCUCAGAGAUUGUCCUCAAAAUUUCACAUUUGCCCUCGAAUCUUUGCCUCUCAGCCGCGAACAUUAUCAGCUGACAUACCAGCCACCUGAAGGGGUUUAUGAACUAAACAAUUGUUUGCAUUACUUUUGCAACUUUUGCACAGUUCUGUGUCAGGCCCCUACCAGAGUUUUUAGUGUAUUCAAUUACUGAAGGUCUUUUCAAAUCAUGUUUAAGAUAUUUUUGUAUCAUAAUUAGGGUAUAAAAAUUUUCCAUUCAUUACAAAAUUUAAUGUUUGGUGUUUAGUACAUAGACAAGAGCCAACAACUCCAAACGCAAAAAGUUAUCUCAGGAUGUUUUAAUAUUCCACUAUUCCCCUGUCUUUAUCCCCAGUCCCCACUCCCUGGCCCGGCCUAAGCUAUCUAUGUGUAACCUUUUUUAUUCCCCCCUCUAGUUGCAAACACAUUUCCCUGAAAAUUAAUUAUGAGAAUUUGGUGUUAGAUCAUGAUAACAACUUAUACCCGAUAAGUUUGAAUGUUCUCAUUACCUGUUUGCUGGAUAAUGUACAGAUAUUAAAGGGAGAGGUUACAUGUUGGUCACGUAAAGGAGUUUAAGGAUUAAAGUACUGUAAAGUACUUUUAGUGUACAUCUAAUAGCAUUGUUGCACUGUUGCAUUUGCAGUUCGGAAUCCCCAAUUCUCGUCUAAGGUACUAUCUUUUGGCAAAGAGGAAACCCCUUCGAUUUUGCUUCCCAACACGUAAUGAGGUAAACAGAUUGUAAACUACUUAUGUGGGCUUUAACCACCAUGGCGACAUUUUCUAGAAUACUAAAAUUGAUAUUAGAACGUUAGUUUUUCGCAUUAAAGCAACAUACGGUAUAUUUACAACAAGAUUUGACUAAAAUCUUUGAACAGACCCACCUCUGGUUAUGUUAUGGAACUCAGAGCACACAGGUCUCACGUUACGAUUCGAUUCUUGCUACCAGCUGUUUAUGUUUCUUGAUAACCUCUAUUUUAACUCGUUCACCACACUCCUACAUAACUAAUAUGUCUACUAGAGACACAAGUUGACAGUCGCUAACUUUUUUGGUCGACAGUUGACAAAUAAGACUAGGUUUGCUUUUCUAUCUUUGACAGAUUAUGGAGAGCUUUCCAGACAUGUAUCUCCAUGCCGAAAAUCGAUGUCACUGUCAGUGCAGUGGUUGUGGAAAUGACCCGAUGUCAACAGGGUAUGAAGUAGAUGUGGAUGACCACGAGCAGUCGUCUGCGACAGAGUGCACUGUUGAAUUGAAUCAAAGAUCACAUCAUAACCCCGCCUGCUCGAAAUGCUUUAGGACAAGAAAUGAACGAUGUUCAGAAGUACCCGCAAUGGACUCAAGUAGUCAGGUUUACGAGCUAAAAAAUUGUCGACGAAUCUGUGACUACCUAGAGAAUGGUAAAGAUGAUAAUUACUUCGAAGAGUUUCUUCUACCGGAGAAGGUUCUGUGUAAAUUUGCACUCCUUUUAGGUAAGAGCAUGACACAUUGAGACAAAGCUUAUCCUUUAGUAAAACGUCGUCCUGUAAUGACUGAAGAUUAGUUAAAGCGGUUUUUGAAGUUCUGUAGGAUGCCCAUUUGCCAACGGGCUCGAAUCUGAAUCUAGAGGUCCGGCAGUGAGCCUUGGCCGGGGCAGUCGGGGUUUCGCUCUUGGAAAGGUACAAAUUCUUCUUUCUUCUCACAGAGGCUUCUCCACUCAGGAAUAUAAAUAGUUGCCGGUAAACUGUCAGCGCAACUUGCAACGAAUUAUUCAGGCUUACCUGUGAUUGACUGGCAUCUUAUUCAGGCGGAUCCUUACAACCUUAAUCUAGCCUUUUACCUGGGCUCAAGAAAAGAAAGAACUGAAAUCAUUUCCAGAACUGGCUGUCCCUAAUGUUACAGCUAGACAUAGUCUUCUGUUACUACUCUCUUCAGAAAAACAAAUCAUGACGCAAAUCAUGGGUUAACGUGGAUUUAGUCUCAAAAUUAUUACACUCACCUGCAGCGGACUUAUCGCAAGCACGGCGACGGUCGGUAUUAUUGAAUUCGCUGGGUCAAGCAAACAUGACAUUCAACAAGGGAAUUGAACGAAGCAACCAAGAAGCAUCAAUUCCCGUCACACCAGUAUACACCAAGGAUUUUCAUGCUAUUGAGACCGGGACACACUCUGAUAUUUAAUGGGUCGUAAUGCAUCAGCGGUCUGGCCCGAUAAGUUUUAUUAGAGAUGCAUCCAGUUUUCAGUGAAUCUUUCAUGAAUUAAUGACCUUACAAUAAAAAAAAGUCUUCAUAAAUCGAUUACUAAAGGUUCCCGCCUAUGCGUAAAAACACCUUUAUUGACAUGGGAAGAUGUCAAUGUUCACCGCAAAUUAUUCUGCUUUUCAGCUUCAGAAUAUAAGCUGCCACUUAAUACAUCCAUCAUCUUUCUUCAUCCUUCUCUUUCUUAUGAAUGCAUUGUUUGCAUGAAUUUCUAGAAACAUAACAUGUCAGUCUUACAAAUAUUACUGCCUUGUCCACGCUCUGUAACUUUUUAUUAUCUUACUUUCACAGACAUCGUCAAUCCUCAAUCUGAGCGUUCCUGUUGCUUCACAAAGGCGUAAGUAUUUUUAAACACAACAAUUACAAGAUUUUCCUUUGACUUUCAGAUCUUUAUAAGGAAAAAACAAACAAAGCAAGAACAAAAAGUAAAGAGACAAGGAAAGCCAGCACGUAACCAUGAACAUCAACUUGAAUUGUUCUUUAGCAAUCCAAGAAUGCAUAGGUUUGCCUCACUUAGCUCUUGGAUUGGUCUUGAAAACUUACCUCUUUUUUCUUUUCAACCAAUCUGCUCGGUGCCACACAUAAACCAAUGGCGGCUUGGUCACCUACAUUUUUCCGCGCGUCAGGGAGUUUGCUUGUCUUUACUUUGAGUUUUGUUGGGUCCUUGUAUUUAUUUUUGUUGUGAGUGGGUGUUGUGAUAACUUUGGCUCUGGUUUUACGACACACAGUCAGAAUGCAUUCUACGUGCCAAUCAGAUCAUGCAACUGGUUGAAGGUGUGCAGAAAAACUGGUACGAAUGCUACGUAUACUUGGAUUGGCCAUGGUAUUUUGUUCAGUUUAAAUGUCGUGUUUAAUGCCCCAUGCAUCGUCUUUUCGCUGCAACUGCGAUUAAUCUCAUUUUUCCCCUUUCUUUUUCUUGUGCAUAGUUAUGGACAUUAUGCUGAAGGAACUGGCUCAGUGCUCAAAAUGGCAAAUAUCGAUGUGAGUUUUCUUCUUUAAAUUUUUUUAAUCUAUUACUUCGUUCUCCUUCUAUUUUAACUUAAAGAAAGAAACUGAAAGAGAGAGGAUAAAGCAAAGAACGAAACAUUUAUUUUGUAUCCACACAUUUCACCCUUAACAGUGACUUCGAUAGCCCCACACGAAUCAAGUACUGUACUUGGUCACAAUUUUGGACAAAAUCUUUGGUAACGCUUGGAACUGAAUCUCUGAAUUUGUUCAAAUACAAUACAAUAUGGUGUUCCCUCUCAUAGGUUGCCCUUCUCCCCUUCUCAGCGUGAUGCUCUAAGUCAUGCAUCAUAUGCUUAUGAAAAGCAAUAUUUUAGUAUGGGGUUAUUGGAAUAAAUCAUAAUGGAAUUGUUUGAUUAAGAUUUUGGAUAAUUGACUUUUCCUCAUGUAGGACUGAGACAAAGGGAAACUGAAGAUACUAAAUGGUGUUAAUUAAUGUUUGUUUAUCACGAAAAUCGUGUCCAAAGAUUUUUUGUUUACUUUUCUUGUAUACUCAUUUUUAGCGCAGGAGUUUGCUAGAAAAGAAAGACGUUUCAAUUAUCACAUUACACACAAAACUAUCGUUUCUUUCGUAAUUCGAACGCUUUCAAACUUGGCAGUUUCCCACACAGAGCUAAGUCAUCUUUUGGCGAUCGAAGAUCUGUAUGUACGGUGUUUAUGGUGCAUCCAGACCAAGUUACCGUCUUCCUAUCACGAAAGACUGUAUCAAUGUAACAGACAUUUGUUAUCCUUCGUAGGACUCAGAUAUCUUCAGAAGAUACCAGGAUCUUGCAGAUGAUAAACAAAAAGCAGAGCUUCUGUCAAUAUUGAAAUUGAGGUAUUUUACCCCACGUGAGGUGGCAAAUCUGCAUGGCUUCCCCUUCGAGUUUCGUGAGUAUUAUCAAUCAUUUUUUUGUUACUUUCAAUCAUGAUGGCACACGCAUCUUAUGUCUUUAUUUCCCGUCCAAAAAACAGCGACAACAACAGAAUACAAAACUUAACACAAAGCACUCACAAAAAGUGCAGUAAAUUGUCAAUGAUUUAGGAAACGAAGGAACGUUAUAUUUACAUGCCUUCAUCCUAGUAUAAUUUAUUAGACGGAAUACCUGCAAGAACACUUCUUAUUGAUUGCUCGCUAUGUAUCUUAUUAGUUUGCCAACCAUCUCUCUCUCUUUCUUGUUUUAAUAGGUUCCCGAAUACAUUUUACGCUUAUUUUUUGUCAUCGGUUAACUUACAUGAUACAAAAACCAACUGCCUUCCAUUUUAGAAUCUACGAUCCCUUAGGGACUGAAGUCGCCGUAUUGUUACUUGGAGCUUUACUUACUGUCAUUCACUUUUUUGUUUACUUUAUCAGGUUUCCCUUCGUCUUUGUCGAUCAAACAACAAUAUCGCCUGCUAGGAAACAGCCUCAAUGUUCUGGUGGUGUCUGAGUUACUGAACUGUCUCUUCCACGCGCCAUAAUUUUGCAAAGAGACAGACUGGAGAUUGUUCGUGUCUGUGCGGAAAGAAAACGAUGAUGCUUUGAAGAAACUGUCACAGUGACAUUAGUUAUUUACGGAAACAAGAGAGAAGACGUGCUCUACAAAUCGAACAUUUUUUUUUAUCUGUAAAUAAUAUAGAUUUAGCCAACAAUAAAUGCGUAGC